CACUGAUCCAAGUUAGGAGCUUUCAGCUGCCAGCCUUGGCCCAUCAUGUAAGUGCUGCGGAGAAUUCUUUGCAGUGCAAUUGCAAAAUUACCUCUUUUCCCGACGCCUGCGGAGCCUGUGCAAUUGUAACAGCGCUCCGUGCACGGACACGCACGCUCCGGACGCAAAAAGGCUCCAAGUGCAUGAAGAUCGAGGCUUGUAUUUUGCAUCUUUGUUGCAAAGCAAGCCGCUGAAGCUCCAGUGCGAGGGCGAUGGAGGGAGGGAGUGAGAAAGAAGGCAAAGUCUUUUGUGCUUCCCCUCCCCCUCAUCAAAGCAAAGGGGAAAUGUCUCAGCCAAAGGGAGGUAAGAGGAAGCCAUUGCUCAAGCUCCCCAAGGAGGUGUUUGAGCAGCCUCCUCCCGCCGCAGUACCCCCAAGAGAUUUGGAUUCAAAGGCUUGCGUAACCAUCGGAGAGAAGAACUUCGAGGUGAAGGCAGAUGACCUGGAGCAGAUCUGCGAGCUCGGCCGAGGAGCGUACGGCGUGGUGGAGAAGAUGAGGCACGUGCCCAGUGACCUGAUUAUGGCUGUGAAGCGGAUUCGGGCCACAGUGAACACUCAGGAGCAGAAGAGGCUGCUGAUGGACCUGGACAUCUCCAUGAGGACGGUGGACUGUUUCUACACAGUCACUUUCUACGGAGCGCUGUUCAGAGAGGGCGACGUCUGGAUCUGCAUGGAGCUGAUGGACACGUCCCUCGACAAGUUCUACAAGCAGGUGAUCGAGAAGGGCAUGACCAUCCCCGAGGACAUCCUGGGAAAGAUCGCCGUCUCAAUAGUAAAAGCUUUGGAGCAUCUGCACAGUAAUCUGCAAGUCAUACACAGAGAUGUGAAGCCCUCCAACGUGCUGAUCAACACUCAGGGCCAGGUGAAGAUGUGUGACUUCGGCAUCAGCGGCUACCUGGUCGACUCUGUGGCCAAAACCAUGGACGCUGGCUGCAAACCCUACAUGGCGCCAGAGCGGAUCAACCCGGAGACGAACCAGAAAGGCUACAACGUCAAGUCUGACAUCUGGAGUUUAGGAAUCACGAUGAUCGAGCUCGCCAUCCUGCGCUUCCCGUACGACUCAUGGGGGACGCCCUUCCAGCAGCUGAAGCAGGUGGUGGAAGAACCUUCGCCCCAGCUUCCUGCCGAACAGUUCUCCCCCGAGUUUGUGGACUUCAGCUCUCUGUGCUUAAAGAAAGUUUCCAAAGAGCGGCCGACUUACACAGAACUCAUGCAACAUCCCUUCUUCACCUCCCAUGAGGCCAAAGAAACCGACGUGGCUAGCUUUGUGAAAGUCAUCUUGGGGGACUGAGUCGCCGCACUUGCACAGGAGGGAGGGGAGAUCUGUCAUGAAGAGAAAAAAUACAACAAACUAACAAGAAGCACCAAUCGCAGCCCCCCAGUUACCUGCAGGACUCCCCCCUGCCUACUCUCACCCCUCCCUCCAGAAGGAGUCCAGAGGAGACGCUGACGGAGCAGAGCGAGGAGUCUGUCCCCGCCCCCACCUGGCCUCCAUGUCCUCUGUACAUGACCUGACACGGAGGGGUGGGGGAGACGGGUGCCUCACACAUAAUUUAAGAUGUCUGUAUGCAAAAACUCCCUCUUUGGUUAGAUGUGUCCCUCCUCUGUGCACCGCCUACUACUCAAACGUUGUUAGUGAGCGACCGUGAGGAGUUCGGCCUCGUCGCGGUCACACUCGAGGUUGUUUUGUUUUUUUCUUUUUGCUGAAAAACAGAAGUGAAAAGAGAUGCAGAUUAUAUAAAAAGAUGAAUGAUAUAAUGCUAUCUAUGUAUAAUCUAAAUGUUUGUAUACUCAAAGCAAAGUGUUGCAUCGGUUUAUUAAUUGACUGCAUGUACAGAAUAUAUCUGCGGGUGACACAGGCUCAGAUGAGGAGCAGUUGUAGAGACCUGCAGAUUUAAGGCCCUCCUGGUGGCCACACAUAGGUACUGCACUUCAACUGCUCUCCUCUCUCUUGAUGACAGCAGAGGUCUACUACACGUUUUGGGCUCUGGCUGCCUGUGAGUGUGUGUGUCAGUGUGUGUGUGUGUGUGUAUGUGUGUGUGAGCUGGUGCAUGAUAUGUGUGUGUUUGUAGGGCUGCACCGGUUUGGGAUUAGAGUUGUGAUUGUUGCGCUCAGAGUCGAGAUGAUUUUCUCUGUUUGAUGAAAUGUUUCCUCUGCAGUCUCAUCGUGCCUGUGAUGUCAUCAGUUACAGUGACGCUGCUGUUGUUUAUGUGUUUUAUGGCAAAGCGGCAGGUGUCAGGUCACUGGGGUACCUUCAUGUCCUUCUUGGUCGUAGCGUUUCAAUGCAGUAGUUUGUAUUUUGUCCUGUUCAGCACAUGCAUGUGCUCAUCGUGUUGAAAUCUGAAACCGUCUCUCAGCCGUUCCUUCCUGAGGUUUUUCCAAACCUUCGUAAAGUUUUUGCAGAACUCGGGUUGUAGACAUUAAUUUCCUUGAUUCUGACUCCUGUUCUGUAUCCUUUGCGGUUGUUUUUGUCAGACAUUAUUUUUGUUACUGUAUUGACGUCCGUUGAAACACGGUUCAAGAGCAAAAUUUCUUCCCAAAAUCAGUUCAGUCUGAUAGUUUCCGUAGCUUUGAAAUUGGUGUUGUGGUAGUUUAAGUUGCGAAUACUCGCUAACGUUUCCUUGAUCCUAACUAGGGAUGGGAACUGAUGAAAUUUAAUGAUGCCGUUAUCGUUACACUUCAUGAUUUCUGAUCAGUUUUCUGCAUAAAAAAUAGGCCUACACAGAUUUUCAGCAUCUGUCAGAAAAACAUGCCAGCAUAGAUAAAAGGAAUUAAGUUUGGAGACAUACCUCUCCGAAGGAUCGGACGAUUUAGAACUGGUUUUUAACUGGACUCAGAUUUUGAUUCCCAUCUCUAACUCUUACAAUAACAAUGAUUUGGUUGAGUUCAUACAGAGCGACAUUUGUCACUGUGCGAAGUUUCAAACGAUACUUUCUGUGUUCACACGUCUGUGAGAGUCUGUGUGGACCAUCGACACGCAACUUAAAAUUUGUAAAUAUAUGUACGGAGCGAAUUCUGCAACACACAUGAACACGUCUACCACUGCAGACGUCAAGCGUGCUGUAAACGGAGCUGUGUUGUCCCUUUAAGACUCGGUCACACCAGCACCCGAGUUAAUCGCUCUCAGUCAUCACUUGUGACUCACUGUCAGUGUGAGGCGCUGUGUUGGCGAAUUUGCAUUUCCUAGGAUGGUGAAAGCGUGACCUGCCCUACUCUGCCUUGCUUUGCAUGUGAUUGGCUUACCGUCAUGUUCAUACUUAAACCAGUCCCAUUCCUCUUGCCAACCACCCAACCAAUGAAGGCAACGAGCACCAACUAGCCAAUCAGAGGGAGAGUGAGGCAGGUCAUGCCUGUGCUAUAUAAGGAAAUGCAGAUUCACAUUCAGGACGUUAAUGGGCGCUCAGGUGAGGUCUGGGUUCUAUAAAAGGGUAGGGAGUAGGUGCCAGACCGUAAGCAGCAGGGCUCCAAGAGACACACAGAAAUGCGCAUAUCGCGAGGCGAAACGCCAAAUGAGUCUGGUGUUGGCUUUUACUUUUACUUUCACUGGCGAUCGUGUUUACAAACCGUAACAGACAAUCCUGCAGUGUGUACCUUUAAAUAUGCACAUGUGUGCCAUGGACCCAUUUGCAAACUGGUUUGAUGGCACCGACCCUCAUACGAAUGGAGAGAACCAGGAAGAACAAAGUGUAGACUGUUGUCAUGAGGAGACCCAAAUAAAUCGUGCUGUGUCACUCUGUGGUGUGAGCACGCCCGUUAGGCCAGGGUAUGAUGUCAUCCGCCGAGUGUUUACAGCUCUUUCAAACAAAAAACGACACUCACAGUCGGGACGAAAACCCUGCCGUCAUAAAGAUGGAUGAGACCAAGCAGUGACCUCUGAAGCUAAAGAAAAAUGAAGUCAGCACGAAAAGUGCCAAAAACUGCAGUUCCUCUAAUGUCCACUUGAGGCUGGCUCCAAGAGCGAG